CUUAAGCCGCGUUGACAUGCUCAAAGUCAACUUUGAGAAAAGUUGAGUACGGUCCAAGUUCACUUUGAUUGGAUUCCGACGUCAUGGUGCACUUUGAUUGCUAGUUUACUCCACAGAUUACUAUAUAUGGUUUACACUAUCAAAAUAACCUUAAAGUAGGUAGUCAUCAAAGCUACUUUGUCAAAGCCGACUUUGAGCAUGUCAACGCGACUUUAUUGUUUUGAAAUGGUUUGAAAAAAAUUGCCUGAUCGUACAUACAAUACACGGCCAUAGCAUUAUGAUGGUCAUGGUCACGUCCGUUUGUUGCUCUAAGGUAACAAUUAAAAUGUAUAAAACCUUGGACGAAGAAUCCUGCUAAGUAUCACAUAAAUCAAUAACUUGAUUUAAUUCGAAAAUUUAUCUGUGUCACUAUCCGAGUAUACUCUAUGUUCGUACGUCAGUGAAUGUCAAAAUUUUAACAAAAUUAAAGUGUGAAAUGCUAUAAAAAUUAAUUUAAACUAUUAAAUAACAAUGAUGGAAUACAUUUAUGUAAUAUUAUGAAAUUAAAAAGCAUGUAGAUAACCAGGAAAUGUUAAAUAGUGAAAAAGGCACAUCAGCCCUUUUCACUAGAAUUGAUAAAGUGAUUCAGGUUUAUAACGUCCACAUUAAGAAUUUUAUAUCGGACUAUUCUUUAAGAGUAACCAACGUAAACAAGAAAAUACAGAAAGAUAUCGAAUAUAAGGACGGUAGUGCAGGUCCACCAAUGAAGAACGUUGCAGAGGUUUCUGUAGAUGCAAAUCUGAAGAGAGAACCCAAUUAUUUUCAAAACCGAAAAAACGCAAAACAACAAAACGUGCCUUUAGAUAAGAGUAAGAAAAAUAAACAUAUCCAGAUAAGUGAUAAAAAAAAUAAUAGAUCGAUAUACUUACAUAACAUUAAACAUCCUAGACAAGAACCAGCAGAUGGUUUUUAUAAAAAGAAAAAAAUACAAUUCAGAACAUACUCUAAUAGAAUAUUAAAUCGACCACAUAAAAAAAGAAAUAAAGAAUUAACUUUUUAUACAAAAUGCUCGAAUGAAGGUUGUGUUAAGCUACAUGGUCAUGCUAAACGACGCCGCAGUACAGCAAGAGCUGGUGAAAGAAUUUCACAUAUUUGUAGAGCAUGUUCUCAAAAACUUAUUAACCAAUAUCGAAAAACAGCUUCCAGAUCUGAUGAAAAAAUAUGUAAAAACAAUAAUUGUAAAGGUGAUUUUUGGAACAAACAUAAAGACAUUACUAACAAAAACGGAUUUUCUGGAAAUGAAUUAUUAGAAAUAACACCAGUAGUUGAAGUACAAAAUCAAGAGGAACAAACUGGAGAUCCGUUAUUUGAAAUCAAAGUCGACAAUGUUGAUAUGUGUGUAUUGAAUUCAUCCGAAAUUAAGGACAAGGUUCUAGCUUAUGGCAAAAAGAAGAACCUGACUAAAUGUAUCUGUCCUUCUCAUCCUGCACGUCAAAAAUAUAUUCUUGCAAGAGAGGCGUGUGUUAAAGGAAGUUGUUAUAGGGCACUUAGGCACAAAAAGAUAGACUUUGCGUGUAAAUGUUUGAAAAAUAAAGUUUGGACUUGUACUGACACAUCUUGUAAUAAAGCUGGAACAGGACAAAUUCCGUCUAUUAACACAAAACCUUUGUUUGAGGUACAGGUAAAUAAAAAUGAUAUGUGUAUCGUGAAUACUAAGGAAAUACGCAGAAAAAUUCAACAACUCAAUAGGCGAACAAGAAAACAUUGUCGAAAUGGAAUAUGCAAAGAUAAAUCAAAGGAAAGGAAUACUCGUAUUGAUUGCAGAUGUACAAAGAAUAUAAAUAUUGAUGAAUGUGCUGAGAAUACUUGCGGUGGAGAAAUGGUGAAUAAGAAAUGUUGCAAGUGUCAACGCAGUAAAAAAGUAAGAGGUGAUAUUAAUAUAGCACCAAUAAAUAAUAUCGGUUCAAGGUUGUCCAGUUUGUGUUGCCAAAUCAUUAAUAAAUCUGAAAACUGGACAAACCACGUUUUUCGAAGAAAACAAAGAAACACAAAAAGAUUAGCUAUUGAGAACGGUAACGUAUGUCAAAAUAUAACAUGUUCACAAUCUCACAACAUACCCAAAAUGGUGAAGCAUCAUGAUCGAUCUGGAUUUAGGCUCAUUAUUGGAAAUAAAUAUUUUUCCAAGAAUAAAUGGUCAUCCCCACAAGAACAUGGACUAGAUGAAGACUGUUGCUCAUGUGGCCAAAGAGACAAACCCAAAUGGAUAGAAACUGUUACUCAUGUAACCAAAACCCCAGAGGGACAAAUCCAAAAAAGGAAACCUGUGAAAAAUAAACGUAAGGUCACCGUAGCCCAACCCCAACACGAUAAUAAGUCAUGUAGGUGUUAUUGUGAAUGUGAAGAGUAUAAGAAAAAACAAAAAUCGCAAACGAAAAAAAAGAAAACUCAACCGAAGAAGAAGAAGAAGAAAUCUCAAGAUCAACACAAAAGAAUAUCGAUGUUAAAUAAAGAAAAAAGAAAAGAGUUCAUUAAAGAACAGAAGAAAAAGAGAAAACUUGAAGAGAAGCAACGAAAAAUUAGAAAAAAGGAAGAGAAAGAAGUUUUACAGGCUCUUGAAAGCCAAGAUAAAUCGCAACAACCUAAUUGCGUUGUGCUUAUUAUAGGAUCUAUUUUAUCCGCUGGCUUUUUGCCAAUAAAGGGGCUUUUGUACGGAAUUUUUAAAAUCAUCACCGAUCCCAGAGGAAGUUACUGGUACACAAAAGAAAGAUGGCAGGACCGCGAAGGAACAAUGAUUAUGUUGAAAAGAUACUUCACUGAUGCGUGGCGUUUACGAAAAUUAAGAAUAUGCAAAUGUUUACGAAAUUCAGAAAAUGUGAAUAUAUUGAGUGACACUUUCCAAGAGACGGCACUAUAUCAAGCAUUUGCUGACAAAGGUAAAACUAAAAAAGAACAGGCACAGAUAGAAUUGGAAAACAAAAAAAGAAAAAAACGUGUUAGGGCGAGGCGUGACUUCGCCAUAUACGGGUGUCGACAUAUGCUGUUGACCACACUAAGAAAAGUUCCAUGCUUGUGGUUCUACCAUAUUUUUCCAGAUCUUUACCCUCAGUGUUUAGGUUUUCUGACGUUUAUGAAGAAAUUUACUACAUUACUAAUGUUUUCAUUGGCGUUCGUGUGGUGGACGCCUUGCAUUUUAUGUUUUGAACUCACACGAGCUCUGUGUUGUUGUUUGCUAUGUACUGGUGGAUAAUCUUGUUUCGCGCAGUGUCGAAUAAACGUAUUGUCUAAUAGUGUUUAUUAAAUCUUUUUUUUUUAUUUCUGUCGAAACAAACCUGUAUUAUCUUGUUCUAUUCAGAGGAUAGGUAUCCUCAAGUCCUCAUAAACACAAGUAAAGGUCUCUUUUGAAUGCCUUAUUACAAGUGGUAUCCAAAUCAUGCAUAAGUAUGUUUAACGAUUUUGGUAAUUUAGGAAAUACGUUUUUUUUUUUUACUUUUAUCCGACAUCAGUUUUUUUACUUUUACUCUCCUAUUCUAUCAAAUGUUUAUAAAGCGGACUACUGACAUCCCUGCCGCAGACGCAAUGUAAUGGUGGGGAUCACCCUUAAUUGCCUCCUUAAUUGUGAUGUGCGUAGGCAAGCAUUUUCAUUUGCCAUUUUAUAAAUCGGGCCUAAUAAGGAGCGCGAGACCACCUUUGGUCCCUAGAUUGUCCCUGCCGCCCUGCACGUUGCCACGUGUGUAGCGCGAUCGGGGCAAUUUCUCAAUCAGUUGGUUGGUAACAGUCACACGGAGAGCACGUAUUUCGAUCAAGAUGACGGCAGAUCAUAAUGAGCAUGAAGUUUGAUCUCGAGUGAUAUAAGUAUAUAAGGACCGGCCCCACGUAAUGUGGGUAAAAAAAAAACAAACAUAAUUUAUUUAUUAUUUUAUAAUUUUUAUUUUUUAAGCAUGUUAGUAAUUGUAUCUACUCGAUGUUUAAAUCUAAAGAAAAUAUUACUAGCAUUUUUUUUUCUUUAGAUUCAAAUAUCGAGCAGUUACCUACCGAUCUUAUGAUUUUUUGAUAACACUGGGACCAUCAUCACCGCGUGUGUUUAGCUCAACAUACUCCAUAACACUGAAUAGCAGGCAUGUGUGUGGAGACCAGCCGAUAUUACACCGACUGCCGUGCACCCUAGAUUGUCCCUGCGGCAGGGAUGUCAGUAGGCCGCUUAAGCUACCGAAUGUUUCUGGUUAUUUUGUUUAAGAUUACAAAAAAAUAUAUUAAUCCAGUGUCUUAUAUAUAAAAACUUCUUUUUAUAUAUAAG